AGGCCCGUAGCUCCCUGGUGUACCUAGUGUCUCUCCUGGGCAGUAUGGAUCACAGCUUCCACCACACUCUCCUGCUGGAGAUCAGAGCCCUGACUGACAGAUACAGCUCCAUCCUGGGAGGCUGUGCCAAAGACACCUACAGGAUGAGUACCAGCUUCACCUCCAUAGCCAGACUACUGGGGAGAAGACUGGAGACAGACACUACUAUCAACUGCAGGGUUGAAGAGGAAUCAGAAGGCCCUCCUUCCCCUUGUACCUCAGAGGCCAGUGUGUGUGGGGGUGCGGGGGGGUGUGGAGGGGGAUCAGAGCAGCGACUGCAGGUGAAGAUCCAGGCGUUUGAGGAGAAGAUGGGGGAGGAGGGAGGAGAGGGGUCACCUACACCCCAACGCAGAAACAGCAUGGGACAAGCCACUAGAGAGAAACACAGAGAGAUGAGGUUUAACAGGUCAAAGAGUCUGGCUCUGCAAGCCGUGAGGUCACGGUCCGUCAACUCUGACAGCGGUCAGGAUGGAGAAGGGGUGGAGCUAACAUCUGACGCAUUCCUCUCAGAAUCCCCACCCAAUCAGCAAACAGAAGCCUUAGAUACCUCUCCCCCUGAGAGGAAACGAACCAAUGAGAACUCCCUGUCUCCAUCCACCCCUCCCGCCACGCCCCGUGAGGAACAGAGGGAUGGACAGGGAGAGGGGGAAAGAGGGAGAGGAGGAGGAAUAGGAGAGGGGAAAGAGGACAAGCUGUACAGCCACCUGAGGGACAACAUGGAGAAGAUCAAAGAGUUCUGUUCUGAGAUGGUUCAACAGAUCCCCAUACCAGAGCACUGUGUCAUAGAAGACUCGAGCCACGGAAGUGUGGCGAAGCUGUCGUUCUCGUGCCCUCUGAAGGGACGUUACUGCCUCUAUACCAAGUCCUGUUUCACCCUCACCAGCCUCCAGCCACACCUCUGGAUCAACAUCAUGCUGCUUCACCUACAGAGUCAGCACAGCGCUCCUCUCUCCUCUCUGGAUGACAGUGUGCGAAGGUUGGGGAGACUGUGGGAGGGGACCCAGCUAAAAGGAGCUCACAGCUUCUCCAUGGCCAUGACCCAACAGCCCACUCCACACAGAAAGGACCUGGACAGUCUGCAGAUCCAUCUGCAGGAGGUGCGUUUCUUUCACCUGUUUGGAUUCAGUGAAGAGGAGGGCAGCUGGCUCUGCUAUAUGUGCAACAACCCAGAGAAGGCCACAGUGGUGAACGAGGAUGGCCAGCCGCUGAUAGAGGGGAAACUGAAGGAGAAGCAGGUUCGCUGGAAGUUCAUCAAACGCUGGAAGACUCGCUACUUCACCCUGGCAGGAAACCAACUCCACUUCCGGAAGGGAAAAUCUAAGGAUGAGCCAGACGACAGCACCAUCGAGCUGAGCAAAGUGCAGAGCGUCAAGGUGGUGCCUAAGAAGCGGCGUGAGCGGGGUCUCCCUCGGGCCUUUGAGAUCUUCACGGACAGUAAGACGUACGUCCUGAAGGCUGGUGAUGAGAAGCAUGCUGAGGAGUGGCUCCAGUGCAUUAAUGUUGCCGUGGCCCAGGCCAGAGAGAGAGAGAACAGAGAGGCCACCACCUACCUGUGACCUUGUGACCUGGAAGAUAUUCUCCUGUGACCCGUUCCUGAGCCAGAAACACAACACACAGCCCAGCACUACUGUACCAUCGACUAACAACAGUCCUCCGAAAUCCACUGUUUCUAAUCAUCUGACAGUCCUGUGAUAUCCACUGUUUCUAAUCACCUGACAGUCCUGUGAUAUCCACUGUUUCUAAUCAUCUGACAGUUCUGUGAUAUCCACUGUUUCUAAUCACCUGACAGUCCUGUGAUAUCCACUGUUUCUAAUCAUCUGACAGUCCUGUGAUAUCCACUGUUUCUAAUCACCUGACAGUCCUGUGAUAUCCACUGUUUCUAAUCAUCUGACAGUCCUGUGAUAUCCACUGUUUCUAAUCACCUGACAGUCCUGUGAUAUCCACUGUUUCUAAUCAUCUGACAGUCCUGUGAUAUCCACUGUUUCUAAUCACCUGACAGUUCUGUGAUAUCCACUGUUUCUAAUCAUCUGACAGUUCUGUGAUAUCCACUGUUUCUAAUCAUCUGACAGUCCUGUGAUAUCCACUGUUUCUAAUCACCUGACAGUCCUGUGAUAUCCACUGUUUCUAAUCAUCUGACAGUCCUGUGAUAUCCACUGUUUCUAAUCAUCUGACAGUCCUGUGAUAUCCACUGUUUCUAAUCACCUGACAGUUCUGUGAUAUCCACUGUUUCUAAUCAUCUGACAGUCCUGUGAUAUCCACUGUUUCUAAUCAUCUGACAGUCCUGUGAUAUCCACUGUUUCUAAUCACCUGACAGUUCUGUGAUAUCCACUGUUUCUAAUCAUCUGACAGUUCUGUGAUAUCCACUGUUUCUAAUCAUCUGACAGUCCUGUGAUAUCCACUGUUUCUAAUCACCUGACAGUCCUGUGAUAUCCACUGUUUCUAAUCACCUGACAGUCCUGUGAUAUCCACUGUUUCUAAUCAUCUGACAGUCCUGUGAUAUCCACUGUUUCUAAUCAUCUGACAGUUCUGUGAUAUCCACUGUUUCUAAUCAUCUGACAGUCCUGUGAUAUCCACUGUUUCUAAUCACCUGACAGUCCUGUGAUAUCCACUGUUUCUAAUCAUCUGACAGUUCUGUGAUAUCCACUGUUUCUAAUCAUCUGACAGUCCUGUGAUAUCCACUGUUUCUAAUCAUCAUAUCUGCCAGCUGUGGGGCAGUUGAGACUGAUAUCUAGACAUCAUUGUCAGCAUUUUUGGAGAGUCUAUCUAUAUACAUUUAUAAAGGCUAUCGUUUCAGUAUUUAAAAGCAAUAAGGAUCUUACUAUAACUAAUGACCUUUCGAAUUUCCAGCUAAAGCAAUCGACGUACUAAACCUAGCAAUAAAAGCUCAAUAUGAACAGCAUUAUAGAACUGUCUGUAAGUGAAGAUGAAGAAGCCUUAAUUGACAGCAGAUGAGAACGUUCUAGAACAAACAAACAAACAAGAGUUAGUGUUAUAGUAGAAAAAGCAGUGGUGUUAUAUAUAGUGAGUUCCAAAAGUAUUGAGGAAAUUACCAACAUCACAAAUAUCAUUAACCCCCAGACAUGGUAACCAUUACAAUAACAGUGAAGGUUAGCAUUUUUUGAAAGUAUGUAACUUUCUCACUCAUCAUUAUUCACUGUUCAUUCAGGACUAUUUGUAAUCAUGGUAGCAUCCACAUUAAUGUAGUAGUGUUUAGAAACAUAUUUUAUUCUUAUUUACAAUAAAAGUGAUUACAAAAUGACACACUACAUUAUUAUUAGCAGUCAUUUCUAUUGGGCACAAAAUAAUCUGAGAACUUUGAAUUUGUCCCAGUACCUUUUGGUCCCCUAAAAUGGGGGGAUAUGUACAAAAUGUGCUAUAAUUUCUAAAAGGUUGACCCGAUAUGGAUGAAAAUCCCCUAAAAUUAAAGCUGACGGUCUGCACUUUCACCUAAUAGUCAUUGUAUCAAAUCCAAAGUGCUGUAGUACAGAGGCAAAACAACAACACAAUUGUCACUGUCCCAAUAUUUUUGGAGCUCAUAGUAUGUCAUAUUUGAUAAAUGAACAGACUAGUCCCCUGGAGGUCUUAGCAGAGGCUCAGAACAACAGGGGUGGAUAUCGGUCACACCGCUGGGGGCUGUGCGUUCUCUCUCCUUCCAGGAAACAUGGUUCUAUGGAGAAACACAUUUAUUGGCAAAGCUAUCGUCUUUGUAUUCUCUGCUUUUUUCAUCCAGAAAAAGAGCUUGGUGUGUGUGUGUCUGUGUGUCUGUGUGUCUGUGUGUGUGUGUGUGUGUGUGUGUGUGUGUGUGUGUGUGUGUGUGUGUGUGUGUGUGUGUGUGUGUGUGUGUGUGUGUGUGUGUGUGUGUGUGUGUGUGUGUGUGUGUGUGUUUUUACAAUGACAAGCAUCGUUGACAUUUCUGACAUGUCCCUGAAUAAAUACAUUAAACCUGUUGUUUGCAGAA